AUCCAGACAUCAAUAAUUAAUUGGUCAAUAGUUAUUGGAUGGAACUCGGCAGCAGUUUGAUUCACGAUUGCGGCACUGAUAUUUGAACGAGAAAGAGUCCGUGUCAUGAAGUAUUGCUUUGCAUACCUGGCCUUAGUGGGCGUGGCCUUGCUGACAUGCGCAGUGGCUCAGAAUGCUGAUGAUUAUGCUCGUUUGAGAAAAUCCCUGUUUACAGAUUACGACCAAGAACUUCUGCCUAGAUAUGGCGAGGUGAACCGUGUGGAUAUGGCGAUGACAUUAAUCAAACUGCGUGGACUGGAUAUUUUCAAGGGAACUAUCAAUAUGAACGUCUGGCUGGCAGUGAAUUGGAUUGAUCCGAGAUUAUCUUGGAAUCCCGCAGAUUAUGGAAACAUCCACGAGAUUCAUAUCCGACCAUCUGAGAUAUGGGUACCUGAUAUAUCGCUUUACGACAGCGAUUCACCGCUUCAUGACUUAGUGACAGAAGCUUUGGCCAUAAUAGUCUCUUUUGGCGGGAUAUACAACUAUCCUCCCUUGCAGCUGGAAACGACGUGUACGAUGGAUUUGAAAGACUACCCCUACGAUCAACAUGAAUGCAGUAUGAAGUUCGGAUCAUGGUCCUAUUCAAACACAACAAUAACCGUUCAUCCGAUAUUCGACACCAUCGACUUGUCAGAGACUAAUCCGGAUGACCAUCCGAUCUGGGAGAUCGUCGACUCAAAGGUCACGCGUGAGGCGUUUGCCUACCAGUGCUGUCCUGCCUCUUACGACAGUGUUACGUUCUCCGUAUUGGUACGUCGACGAGAGACUCACGGUCGUAUCGCAUCUUCUGUCAUCACGACAUGGCUCAUCCUCAUAGUCUUCUUGAUCGGACCGUCGUCGGCUGGGAAACGGAUCAUAUUCGCAGGGCUCAUCUUUGUCGCAUUGGUGGUGCUCUCUGCAGCUGUUAGUGCCGAGGUUCCCGCCUAUUCGACGACCAGGCUUGGUCGGUUCAUCAUCGGCGGAAUGCUCAUCGUCGCUCUCGUCAGUAUUUACAAUGGCCUCGUCUACCGCUGCUACCCCAAGGAAAAGCCAGGGCAGCUUGUUGAAGGAGACAGCUCAACUCGAUCACGGACAUUCGUCAUCGUCGAUGUCGCGGCUUGCGUUUGUACUGCCAUCAUCCUCGGCAUUUCGACAGGCGCCCUCUUUGUCUAAAGGCAAUCCAGUGUAAUCUUCGGUCAUGAUUAUGAUCAAAAUGUGAAAUUCUAUUAAGCCUAUAGCAAUGUUGAAGUCACUGACGUAAUUUUUUUUAUUUGCAUUUAGGUUAUGAUAGGUGGUAGGGUAACAAAAUCUUAUUUUAGACAGUCAAAGAAUUUUCAUUAUAUAAACAAAAAAUCAACAACAAACAAUAUUUCCAAUUGCUCUUUUGUUUGAUGUCACUGAAUAGUGGCUGG